AUGAAGACUCUAGAGGACAAGAAAAGUCUUAAUGUUUUUUGGGCAUCCAAAAAAUACGAGGAGAAGAAGGAUAAUUUGGAAAAAAGAGUGCGAGUUGCCGAAGAGAGGAGUAAGUUGCAUGAUGCUAAACAACACGUGACUGUGAAAAAGUUAAUAUAUAAGCAGGAUAACAAUGUUCGCGAAAAUUUCAAUAUUGAGAUAUUAAAAAAAAGAGAUAGGAUACAAGAUACAGAAAAGGAACAGCCAAUGUUUUCUACUCCAAAAUCUCGUAAGCGAAAAUCAGAAAAUUUAUCAGAAAGUAACGAGAAUUUUAAGAUAUGUCUUCUCGGAUAUAAUCAAUCUGAAAGCGAGCUUGAGGAUGAUAAAAACGAUGAAGAAGAGGAGUCCUCAGAUGAAGAUGAUUUUAUUGAUUUUAGUACAAUUUCAUUCGAUCAAUAUAUGGAAUCAAACAAAGGUGGAGAAAGAUGGAUGUUGAAGAAUGGUGAAAGUGUUAGAGAUGUUCUUAUUCGUAUGACGUCAAAAGCCAUCAAACAAGCCAAGGAGCUACAAUCAAAAGGGAAAAAACUAGAUGCAUCUAUUUUAAGCACUAUCCGGUGGUAUGUAUUCAUGGUUGGUGAGGAAUGGCCAGAUCUUAAAGCAAAGGUGCUAGCAAAGAUAAACAUCAAGCCAAAGAAGUUCGAAGAUGUAAUCAAAAGUGACAUCGACAAAAUAGAGGAACUUUGCGGUGAAUAUAAAUACUGGGAAGCAAGAGAUUUCGUGUAUGAAAAAUUAAAGGGACGCCCAGAUCGAACUGGAACUUUACAACGUCAAAUUAUGAAAAUAUUUAUUUUUUUAUGUAACUACACGCAUUUUUAUGCAGUUAUAUUCACAACGCCUGCCGAACUGAUUUUUAAUAUUAUAAUUAGCAUAGAGAUGUUUUUGGUAGAUCCCUAUGUUUUUGUAGAUAGAGAAGGUAAUAAACAAAAUUUAACGGAAAUUGAAUUUAUACUCAAAGUUGCGGGUCCAACAAUGGAUAUAAUAUUUUCCGACAUUCAACACCUUGUUCAGCUCAAGUGGGGAGAAACAGUUUCAAAAGCAACAACAGUUGGAAGAAAAAUCGAUUUACAAAUUAUAUAUCGAGGAAAAAGUCAAGGAAAAGAUGUGGAGCUCAGUCAUUCUGAGUGCGCACGUAGAACAAAUCCUACCAAGAUUAUCAAUGAUCGUAGUAAAUGUUUGAGAACCAACAAAUCUGUUCUUGAUAACUAUCUUUCACAUGAUCUAUCCGAUGAAAUAAUCGAAAAUUCUGCAGUCAUUGGGUUGCAAUUAGCAGCUUUAUAUGGUCAAAUAAUUGGUGUCGAUUUAUUAGAUGAGGGAUUGUAUUUCGGGUUUGAAGGGCCACUAUUAAGGUUUCCUAUACAAAUUAAUGAUAUUACUGUUCUGAAGAAAAAUUUGGAAGCAUUAUAUUUCUUUAAGAUAAGAGACAGGAUUUUUGGUGAAAGUAUUGUUCACAAGGCUGAAGCACUAUCGUGUCUUAAUAAGGAUUCAGAUCCAUUCAGCAAUACUUUUCACACUGAAAGAAUUUCGAAGCCUCAUCACCGUAAAGCGGAUUUUAUUAGAUCAACUUAUUUUACUCCACAAAAUAACAAAAGAAAUGAAAUCAAACUGUUGUCAUCCAAUGAAUAG